UGCUAGUAGCAUUGUGUGUGAUACUAAUGGGAAGCACUACUAUAUUUGCUGCUGAGGAAUGCACCACUGGCAAUUACAAGGUUAACAUAAAUGAACUUUCAAUAUGCUGCCCGCCAUGUGAACACAUAAAAAAUUCAAAAAUUUGUUUAGAUAACACAAGACAAGAAGAAUGUCGUUGCCGUCAAGGAUAUGGCUGUUUUUCUAAAAGUUGCAUUACAUGUAAACCAUUUCCAACGUGUGAAAGAUCUCAGCUAAAGAAAUCAGUAAAAGAAACCACAGAGUAUGAUUAUUAUUGUGAAAACUGUCCAACUGGAACUUUUUUUGAAGAUGCCAGUGGAAUCUGCAAGCCUGGUAAAGGGCAAGUCGCCACUACUAAAAGUAACAGAGAAGGAAAUAACUCUACUGUACCUUCAACCAAGAAAUCAGAAGAUUCUUCUUCUAAUUGGACAUCUCUAAUGCUCUAUUUGAUUCUAUCCAUGUGUAUUGUCUUGUUAAUAAUGUACAUCAUUCAUCUCCUCAUAUGGAAAAUGAAAGCCUCACAAUUACUGAAAAAAACAGGAGAUCAAUUUCAUCCUCACCUGCUCAUUAAUAGGAAACCUAGAGAAGAUACAGAUACUUGGAGUUGUCAGUAUCCAGAAGAAGAACAUGGAGAAGAACACAGAAGUGGUCCAAUAGAAAUGCAUUGUGUUUAGUGGAUCAACUAAGAUUGUGCACGUCAACCUUCUCAUAUAUUUCAUGUGUGGUUAAAGCUGAAUAUCAACUUGGAAGAGGAAGUUGCACUUUUUUGACAAUUCAUUUCUGCUUUUUUCAAGAACUAGAAGACUAGCCGGCGUUGCCCGUUUUUUCUUACCUAACCCUUGUGAGAGAGGAAAAGCAACGUGGGAAGAUGCCCUUGUCCUCAUAUCACAUCCUUGUAUCCUGUUCUUGCAUCCCGACAUCGUAUCCCUACCUCGUAUCCGGACCUUAUAUCCUGACCUUGUAUCCCAACCUCAUAUCCUGUCCUUUAUAUCCUGUCUUUCUAUCCUUCCUGGUAUCCAGUCCUCGUAUCCUGACAUUAUAUCACGUCCUCGUAUCCCAACCUCAUAUCCCGACCUCAUAGGCCGACUUCAUAUCAUGUCCUUUAUAUCCCGUCCUUCUAUCCUUUCCUGGUAUCCUGACCUCGUAUCCCAACCUCAUAUACCGACCUCAAAUCCUGUGCUUUAUAUCCCAUUCUCCUAUCCUUUCCUCGCAUCCUGUGCUCAUAUCCUGACAUUGUAUCCUGUCCUCGUUUCCCAAACUCACAUCCCGACCUCAUAUCCUGACCUCAUAUCCCAAGCUCAAAUCCCAACCACAGCAGCAAGAAAGUAAAGGGUUGCCUUAUUUACAAUUUACUACUACUCAGCCCCAUGUUAGAACGAAUAGAUGGUGCAGCUUGCAAGUCAGUGUACAUAGGACCGAGGACAAUUGGUUUUCAUUCUAGAUAAGGCAUGUGAGUUUAUAUAUUGAGGUAAAAAUCCUAAGUUUUUAAUUUAUUGUGUUAUUCAUAUCAUUUGUGUAUAUAACUAUACAAUAGUCCGUGCUGCACAAUUAAUAAUCAAAUUGACAAUAGAAACGGUGGUAUGUUUAAACUGAAAGGAAGCCAGGAUAGAUGGCCCAUAUCUCUAUUUCUGGGAAAUAGGUUGGAUUUUCUUUCUCCGCUUUACUCUUAUAAAUUUAAGAUUUACUGCUCCAUUAAAUUGUAUAAUUAUUUAAAGUCUUUUGUAUAUUCAUGUAUAUAGUCAUUUAAAAAUAAACCCAUGAUUAUGUAGCGGUAAUAUACAGUAUAUGUAUUGAGGCUUACACGAUAUCAUGUUCUGUAUAGUACUAAAGCAAAUAAAACCAACAAUGAAUCAGUGCCUCAGAUUCGUUUAGGACCAUGACAUUAGAAAUGGGAAAGGGACCAUAUGGCUGAGCUUGGCCAUGUUCAGAAGCAUUGUGGAGAAGGGAUCAUACAUUUGGAGGUGAUUUGUCCUCUGAUCUUAGGAAUGUUGGAGGUCCCACCAAACUGCUAGUUAUUCUUCAUUCUGUGGAUAGAGGAUAACUUCUAAACACGAGAAUACUACUUUAAUAUCUUUAAUAGGAUUCUCAUAAAAAUGGCAGCAGAUAGUUGACUGGUUGCUCAUGGCAACCGUUCCAAUUUUCUUUGCACCACUUUCGAAGCAUUUGCCCCUAUGGGUUUUUCUUCUCCUGUCUUUAGUCUGGACUUUAGGAUGAGGGUUCUGAAUGUUUUAUGAUAAUAGUUGCUUGAUUAUAUAUUAUCCAAUAAUAUCUGUAUGUACAUUUAUGUUAGUGAUGCAGUUGAGAAUUUCAA